AUGGCAUCGCAACAGUCUACAGGUGCUGAAGAGUCGCAACACUGCCCCCGUGAUGGUAACAGAGGUGGACUUGCUGGAAACGAUGGCCUUGGAGAUCAUGAUGGCUCUCAUUCCGGUGGUCAACAUGGUGGUGAACAUUUGCAAGGUCCUCCGCCUCCGCCUCCUCCUCCACCUCCACCUCAAGCUCAAGCUCAAGCUCCCGGUAAUGCCAUGAACCGCCCACCGACUGAUCACUAUGGGCCUCUACCUCCACCUUCGCCUCAAGCUGUUGGCAAUGCCAGUGAUGGAAAUUCACGAGUUCGUCUACCUCCGAUUCGAAAGGCCCUGAACAGGCCCCCAGCUGAUCACUGUGGGCCUCCACCUCCACCUUCGCCUCAAGCUGUUGGCAAUGCCAGUGAUGGAAAUUCGCGACGUCGUUAUCGUCCGAUUCGAAUGGCCCCAAACAAGCCUCCACCUCCCCCUUCCGUGCAACCUGAUUCGAAUCAGCCUGUCCCAUAUGGGCCUUUCAACCUCCCGCCCCAAUUCUCCGCGGUGCAAUGGCGACCCCCAACGCCUCCCCCCCAACAUCCCCAGCCCUUACAGCCCCACGAGGUCUCUCAGCUCUCAAACCUCUUGUCCCGAUACUCCCAGCUCUACCAGCUCUACCAGCACUCUCAGCUCCCAAACCCCCUCUCCCAGCCCUACCAGACACAAGAUUCAAGCUACAACAAUGGCAAUGGUGAAAAGGGCAGCGAGAAUAGGGGGAAAAAACGAAAGGCCGACACACACCAGGGUCCGUCGGCUGACUCUCGGGAAGUUUGGCCUCCAACUCCAAAAGACUUAUUCACAACUCUGGAACCCCUCUUCAAUCACCUCAACAUUGAGGAAAUUAAUUGUCGCUGCAAAUACAGCGAAAGCAACGAGACUUGGAGUUUUAGAGUUUGCAAGAGCCACUCUGAAAUUGAAGUCGACAUCACUAUGAAAGAUGUUACAAGGGACAAUCCAGUUGUGGCAGAGACUGGCGAUACUCCUAACAAAACAGCACCUACUGAGGCAGGAGCUGGCAGCAGCGGCCAAGGGCCUCAUAAAAUCCUCCUGGGCACACCUCUGCAGAAGCCUUCUGAUAUAUGGACAACUGAAGACUGA